UCUCAGCCCGGAGCUGGUUCGUACUCGGCUCCUGUCCUGAUAUCACUCCGCUGGCAUGGUGGAGCAGCGGACCUGAUUGUUGUGAUGGUGGCAGGCGGCAGCCGCUGACUACACACUUCCGUCGCUGCUUCCAUAUCCGCGUUCAGCGCCGUCUGGGCCGCUCGGCUCUGCCUCGCUCCGGCGGACUACCGAGGACCGAGGAGCGUCUUCCUCCCCUCCGCAAACUCAACAACAUCUUUCAAACCAAAACCAUAUGAGAUGCAAGUUCAGCGGGGAACUCCGGAGCCCGCUCGGUUUAGGCUGCAAAACUUUUUCUCGGAGGACGAGGCGGUGAUCCGGAGCGCGGAGCGCGGCCGCGGCUCCAGUGCGGGACGGGCUGAGGGUGUAUGACCGCCGGGCGGCUGCUCACACCAGCCCCGCUGUGGUGUUCCUCCGGAGGAGGAGUAGCGAGGCGGCGCGGCGGCGGCGGCGGCGGUACCGUCGGGGUCUUCCCCCUGAACAGCCGGAGGAGACGCGGUCAGUCGGGGUAUGACCGCCCGGCUCGCAGCCCUUUAAACCCCCCGGUUGUUGCAGCAGCGCUUCGAGCGGCCGAACCUCCCGCCGUCCCCCCCUCCGGGGAGAGGACACCGCUUCUCGGAGGUGGAGGUGUCCGGAGGAAGGUGGAGGAGGAAAGUUCCUCCACAAUAGCCGCCCCUCGGCGCAGCGAUGGGGGACUUCGCCUCCCCCGCUGCCGGACCCAACGGCAGUAUCUGCAUCAACAACAGCAUGAACCCGGCCGGCGGCAGCGUGGUGCCCGGCGGCCCGGUGGGCAUCCCUAAGCACAGCACGGUGGUGGAGCGGCUGCGGCAGCGCAUCGAGGGCUGCCGGCGGCACCACGUCACCUGCGAGAGCCGCUACCAGCAGGCGCACGCCGAGCAGCUGGAGCUGGAGCGGCGGGAGACGGUCAGCCUGUACCAGCGCAGCCUGGAGCAGAGAGCCAAGAAGUCCGCCGGAGGAGGCGGCGGCGGCGGCGGCGGAGGAGGCAGCAAGCAGCCGCAGAGCAAGCAGCCCGAGCCGGACUCUGCGUCCUCCGCCGAGCAGAGGACCAACACGCUGAUCGCGCUCCAAGAAACCGUGAAAGGAAACUGGACAGUGCGCGAUCGCCCCUCAAUGGAGACCAGAACGGCAUCUUGCGAUGGAGGCAGCUACUCGCCGACCACCAAACGGGUACGGAAGGAGGGCUCUGGCGGUCUGGACUCGCUGAGCGGACUCCCCAACAAUAACAACAACAACGUGCCCCCAUCUCCCCGCUACACCACCAGAUUGGACAUUAAGCCUUUACUCGGUGGACCCAACACUUCUACCGGAAACAACACUACCAACAGUAACGGCACCCACGUGGGCCGGGGUCCGGACGAGCUGGGCAAGAACGGCGGCAGCCACCUGUCGGACAUGAAGCUGAACGGCUCGCUGGACUUGGAGGACAGCUUCGGCCUCCUCAAGGACCUGAAGCAGGAGCCUCUGGAUGACGGCGGCGGGAUGGAGUCGUCGGACCUCAGUCGCUGUCCACCAGAACAAGCUGUCUCCGACAUCAAUCUCAACGACCAGGAGGGCAGGAGCUGAUCGCCGAACUGGCCAACACCGUGCCCGAGGACGA